GCCGAGUGGGACCCGGCCCGCCCAGCCCCUCGCUCGCAGCCCUCGCCGGCUCUCUAACGCCCGCUGUUGUGAUGCGUAUUCCCGUAGACCCGAGCACCAGCAGGCGCUUCACACCUCCCUCUACGGCCUUCCCCUGCGGCAAGAUGGGAGAGAGCAGCGGGGCGCUGAGCGCGCCCGCCCCGGGCUCCCGGACGCGGCCCGAGGUGCGCUCGGUGGUGGACGUGCUGGCGGACCACGCGGGCGAGCUGGUGCGGACCGACAGCCCCAACUUCUUGUGCUCGGUGCUGCCUUCGCACUGGAGGUGCAACAAGACCCUGCCGGUGGCCUUCAAGGUGGUAGCCCUUGGAGACGUACCUGAUGGGACUGUAGUCACGGUCAUGGCUGGGAACGAUGAGAAUUAUUCUGCAGAGCUCAGAAAUGCCUCGGCCGUCAUGAAAAAUCAAGUGGCGAGGUUUAACGACCUCCGAUUUGUGGGGCGAAGUGGCAGAGGAAAAAGCUUCACCUUGACGAUCACGGUGUUCACCAACCCCACGCAGGUCGCUACCUACCCCAGAGCCAUUAAAGUGACGGUAGACGGACCCCGGGAACCAAGAAGGCACAGACAAAAGCUAGAAGACCAAACCAAGCCCUUCACAGACCGCUAUUCCGAACUGGAACGCCUGCGCCAGUCUAUGAGAGUUACCCCAACAACUCCCAGCCCCCGAGGAUCCUUGAGCGCCCCAGGCCACUUUGGGUCACAGGCUCAGACUCCAAUACAAGGCACGUCGGACCUGAGCCCCUUCUCCGACCCGCGGCAGUUUGAUCGUUCCUUUCCUACGCUGCCGGCCCUCACGGAGACACGGUUUUCCGACCCCCGGAUGCAUUACCCCGGCGCCAUGUCAGCAGCCUUCCCCUACAGUGCCACGCCCUCCGCCACAGGCAUCAGUGGCAUCAGCAUGACCAGCAUGCCCACCACGACUCGCUUCCACCACACCUACCUUCCGCCACCCUACCCGGGUUCCACCCAGAACCAAAGUGGACCCUUCCAAACCAAUCCCUCCCCGUACCAUUUGUACUAUGGUACGUCCUCCGGAUCGUACCAGUUCUCCAUGGUGGCCGGGGGCGAGCGCUCGCCCACAAGGAUGCUGUCCUCCUGCACAAGUGCCUCGGUGGGCAACAACUUAAUGAAUCCCAACCUGGCCAAUCAGAAUGAUGGAGUUGAUGCGGAUGGUAGUCAUAGUAACUCGCCUACAGCCAUGACGACCACCGGCAGGAUGGAUGAGUCCGUCUGGAGACCCUACUAGGAAGGACUCAAGUGGGCACGUGCAACGUUAACCGAAUAAACCCCCCCAGUACGUGACUCCUGUCGCUAGAAAAACGAGGCCCAGCAUGAGGCAGCUCCCUGUCUGAAGGCAAGUCAGGGUCCGUCCUUAGGCACCUGGCAAGCAGCGAUGGACCAGUGUUGUGUACAGGUCAAGACACACAUCCGCAAGGCUUGAAUUGCUCACUCAGAAAGGGUCCUUUGAUCCCUUCGAAAUGGGUGGCUUGUAUAUAGGACUCUGUGGAAUGCAACGUUUGCUAAUUGCGCAGCUAUGGCAGUAUUCAGCACGCUCUUCACCAGAACCCCGUCCUCCCGCAGAUCCAUAAAAAACGCCCCAGCCCAUCCGCCUUGCUGCAAACGCAGGAUCUAGCUACUUGCCCCCUCCGGACAAGGGCGUUUAACCACCACAAGAACCCAGUAAGGACACCAGAGAUGAGACCGGAGUCUUGCUGACAGCAAAGUAGAUGGGACUGGCUCUCGCAGACACUGUUUCGGUUCUGAGGGACAUUGCAAGCGAGAGGGCAGAUGUCGGCCAUGUGAAAAAAUGCUGUGAGUUGAUUUGGAAAGUGGUUGCAUUGUGAUUUUUUUGUUUUGUUUUGACCAGUAACAUGGCUGAUCUCCUCCCUGUAUGUUUACAUGAGAUGUAAUUUUUUACACAAAGUGUUUUCCUUUUGGCCUGCCCUGGACAUUAAUGUCUUGCUAUUUCUAGUUAGUCUCGCUAGGUGCAUCCAAGAAGAAGAACGCAUUUGGGACAAUCCAGCGGGUGAGGUGCACUUAAACAUAUUUGCUGCAAAGAGGACGCGAAAGCCUUUGGAAUCAUGUGAAAUUCCGGCUCGUGGCUUCUCCACUCUCGUUUCCAAAUGGCGCACAGGCAGCUGUGGCAAUACUUAGUAUUUAUUUAUGGUUCUCUUCCAUUGUUACACCCAGAAUGGCUCCCCACACCAUGCAGUUGUACUUAAAUACAGGCAACCACCAGCUGAUUCUUAAAAUACUGAGUUUUGACUGACCCCUCAAUUUUACAUUAAAAAAAAAAACCUUCGGGGGCAUCAAAUUGUAAGACAAAUGAAAUCAAAAUAUAAAGUACCACACAUCGCACCCGAAUGCGAGCUCUCCUGUCAUUGCCUAGUCACUUCAGAUGGGCUGCAUUAAUAGUCUUGCUGAAGGAUAGGUCUACAGUUAUAAUAAUCUUGUGAGUAUUUACCAAAGCACAUGGCUGGAGGGACAUAUCUGUCCAGUAGACCAGGCCAAAAGUUGCCCCUUAUUUUCCCUUAACAGACUAUGAAACGACUAUUUGUCAGUGGGUUUUUAAAAAGUUACCAGGAGAAUUAAUUGGCAUCUGGUUGCUUACGUCUGCGUGAAGGUUGCUUUGGGCUCUUCAGGGCCUUUGGAAAGCCCAUCCCAUGCUCCACAGCUGAAGGCAGGAUGGCUGGCUUGCCAAAGCCAGUGGGCAUCUUUCCAGCAAUCAAGUGACGUAGACUACACAGAACUGGCACUGCCGUUUAAAUAUGGGGUCAAGCCAUCGAAUCACAGGAACCCGGAUCGAGUUGUCAAGCUGCAGUGAGCACACAAGGGUUUAAAACCUGCAAAAUCCUCUGGCCUUAGCAAUUAGCAGCUGCCUGGCACUCUGGACUAGCACUGCCUGUCUUGAUGCAGUCAGGUUUCUCAGUACAGUAUUUCCACUGAUAGAAAGCACAAAGAAAAUAAGGAAUUUCUUCAUACCAAGGUAACGGUGUUCGUGGAGUAUUUAAAACAUAAAAAAAACUGCAACUAUGUUCUUUUAUGACAUAUUGUCAUAUAAAGGUGUAAGUACAGACACCUCUAUGUUAUGCAGCCAGUUGCAAGACUGGCCAAAAAAAUUUGCUUUGCACUAUAAUUUGCCUUUUUUUAAAAAAAUGCACAAUCGCUUGUACAGUAAAACCUUUGGCUUACGAACUAUUUAACUGUAAAAUCUAAUUUUUUGGUCUUAUUUGUUAUAAUAAUAUAAUUCUUAAAUGUAUUGAAGGAUCCAGUUCUUAAUAAUGCUUCCUAUACUUGCGUGGCAGGGGCAAAAAACAGAAACAAGAAAAACAAAACAAAAGAAGGAGAAUAGAAGAAAGAUCUUUCUCUAGUGAAGGAGAGCAGAGAUUGUUCAUUUGUUUUGUUAAAUGGAAUCUUACGAUGGCGAUUGAAAAAAAUGCUAGUAAUACCAAAUAAUGUGGCUAUUUGUGUACUAUGCCAGCCUUACUUGAAGGUAACUCCCUGUAUUUAAUAUGUAGCCCUUUUUACCUGUAGCACGUGUCACGGGGGGUGGGGGUGGGGGAUCUUUUCCCAUUGAAGUCAUUAGCAAAGCUCUCAUAGGGAUGAUCCUGCUGCUUUUACCUUCAGUGAGCGCAGAAGUUUUGCUUGCCUUGUGACCAGACAGACUCACGUUUGUAAGGAGCCACCUGACGUGGCCAGUUCUGCUUUUCUAUUAUAAACAUUGAUGUUCUUGUCACAUGUACGUGAUUCUCUCGUCAGGCGUCUGUGUAAUCAUUUUCAAGCCUUUCCACGUGGAAUAAUAAAUGGACGGUUACAAGUCUUGGCCGUGCCACUCGCCUGGUUGAUUUCCUCCUGCUGCUCACCAGGCCUGGUCAGUGUGUGGGCAAACAGACAGACUCAGCAACCAUGCGCCUCUCAUGAUCCUGCCCCCUGUGCCUGGCACCUGGAGCA